AUGGGAAUUCAGCAUAAUACCUCCACACCUCUUUGGCCUCAGGGGAAUGCAGAAGUUGAAGCGUUCAUGAAGCCGCUCGGCAAGGCUAUUCGAACGGCUAACCUCGAAGGACGACCUUGGAAACAAGAGCUCUCCAAGUUCUUGUUGGCGUAUCGGUCUACCCCCCAUUCGACCACAAAGGUACCACCUGCUCAGUUGCUAUAUAACCGAGAAAUUCGCGGAGAAUUGCCCACAGUUCCCCUCAACAGUAAAGUCAUUAACCGACAUAGAGAAGCCAAGCAAAAGGACAAAGAACAAAAGCAAAGGGGGAAACGAUAUGCAGACUGUCGACCGCAUACACGAACAAGUAAACUACGAGUUGGAGAUCGUGUUCUGGUGAGGCAAAAGAAAACGAAUAAAUUUUCAACCAAUUUCAGUCCUACGCCAUAUACUAUCGUUGCCUUAAAACGGUCAAAAGUAGUCGCGAGAAACCAACAACACUUCAUCACGCGAAAUGUAUCGUUCUUCAAGAAGAUAGCGGAACAAGCAGUUAGUCGAGAAGAGGGUGAUGAGGAUGUUGUUAGCAGAAGACAAGAAGAAGAAGGAGACCAAGUACAGGAACAAUACCAACAAGAACAACAAGAGCCUAGAAGAUCUACACGAAACACACGGCAGACAAACUUUUAUGGACACCCAAUAAACUCGGGUUUGAGACUGCAAAAAAACCCACUCAAACAAUAA